CGUCCCUUCCGUCGCAGCUUAGUGUCGUCAGCCACUCGUAUUUCCCUUCCUCCGCUCCCGGCCCCGCUCGGUGACCGGCGCGGUGCGGCGGUGUGUGGAGCAGCAUGUUCCGUAUCGAGGGGCUGGGGCCUAAGAUGGACCCGGAGGAGAUGAGGAGAAAGAUGCGGCGAGACGUUCUUACCUCCGUCCGUAACUUCUUCAUCUACGUGGCGCUGCUGCGGAUCACUCCCUUCAUCCUGAAGAAGCUGGACAGCGUGUGAGGGCUCCGCGAGCUGCACGGAACACUCGGCUUCUGAAAACACGAACUGCUUUCCUUUCAUCAUUAGCUCAACGUCGUUCCAGAGGCAGGCAUCCGAUCCUAAAUGUUCUUUAAAAUAGCCAUGUAGGCGUGUUCGAGUGAUAACGUGGUGGGGGAUGUGGGGCAGGUGUGUGUUCUCUGUGCAGGUACUCACAGAGCACUCCGCAGCAUCAGUAGUGUUACAAUGGAACGUUUCUGGUCCUCCUGUAAAAAAUUGUUCAUCUUUUCUCAUGAAGUUUGAAGUGCUAACAAGUCGCUUUGUUGUGCACCUACCUCUAAACUGCGGCGUGCUGUGGCUAUCAAUGUUACCGAACCUGUCUGUAAAAUUAUGUUGUUAUUGAAUCCAGUGCAGAGGGAGUUUGAUUUUAAAUAAAUGGGAGAGCAGUUCUGUCACAUCACAAA